AUUCCGAGUUGACACAUUUUUUGUAAUUGUAAAUAUGCAGUAAAGCAAAAGUCCGCCAGGUGGCAACCUUAUCAUUGGUCUAAAUGUAAACCGUUGAGAAUUCAAAGUUAGCUUCCCCAUAGAUUCUGCCCAUAACAUCAGUCAUGGGAAAAGAAUAUGAUAAAAACGAUAUUGUUGAGUCUCCCAAAAUAAGCAUUGAAGAAAAUUUUGUGCGACAAAUGGAAACACAGAAAGAUCGGGUUCCUGAAGAAAUUCCUAGAGAAAAGAAUGGUCGCAUCUAUGACAUCGAAAAAAGGAGAUCAAGUCUUAGAAGAAGCAUAAACUGUGGUUCAGGAGCGACCUUCCGAGCUGCUUGUGCUGCAGUAGACCCUUCAUUGCCUCCCGCAGACAUAAAACGUAAAAUCACAGAACUGUGUCUGAAUCAAACUCUUUUGGAAAUGAAGCUAAAUGCCUUAGAAAAAGAGCAAGAUGCAGUGGCAGCCUUUUCGGAAAGCCUUCGAAAUAAGGUGGAGGAAAUUCUUCAUAAAGUUCAAAGUUUAACGGGAGAUGAGCUACCUGCUCAUAAGCAAGAGACACAGACAAGAACAGCCAUAAAAAAGAUGAAAGAAGAAAAAGUAUUAUGGAAUGAAGAAUUUAAGAAGAGAAGGGAAGCCUACUUAGAGGCUAGGAACAAGUUAAAAGAUGUUAUGAAGGGGAAGCUCCAUAUUGAGACAGCUCGGCUGAAGUCUGAAGAUGUGAAGUUUCUGAAGAGCUUGCCAGAUUUCACUGCAAUCAACAACAAAAUUGUUUCAUAUCAAAACCGCCACUAUAUUGGCCUGGUGCACUUGGAGAAUAAUUCUCAGCGAAUACAUCGCUCAUUAGCUAUGCUAGGGCGUCAACUUGACGAGGUUCAACAUGUGAUAAUCCCAACUUUUAAAUGGACAUAAUCUACUCCAAUCCUUGUUAGCCUGGAAAAGCACUGUAUGUAAAAAUCUUUCCUCACACUUGUCUGCCUUCAACCUUCACAUUUUAAACAACGUUUAUUAAACAAAUAAUUGAAAUAUAAAAUUUCUCAUUUAACGGAUGAGGCUGGCUUUCUUGCUGACGUAUGACAUGUGGUGAAGGUAUUCUUGGCGGUAAAGUCCCCCCCGGAUCUCUAAUAUGAAUUUUAGCUUGCCCACAACUUGUUCAAUGGUUUUGAUGUCACACUCUAUUCGCAAACGCCUCCAUUUUCUCUUGUCUGUGUCGUAAUACAUUAUAGCCACUGAGGCUGGUACUGUUUGCAGAUGAACACAGUCGACUAUCACCUCGAUAGGUAAACGAGUGGGUUUGAGAUUAGGCCGUGACCACAACAGUGUUGUUACCGAUCGACUAGUUGGACAAGGCUUAAUUUCAACUUGAUCCCACGAAAUUCCUGUGUAUAAUGUUAUCGGUGAAUCAGUCUUGAAUAAAUAUUUUAUAAACGGUUUAA